AUGUUUGUAGAGAAAGCCAUAUUUUCUAGCAGUGAUGAUACUUUCAUGUGCUCCACUGAUUUGUCUGGAAGAGAAACCCUUAUGCGCACUACAGGUGGUAUGAGGGUGAUGGCUGAUCGGGAUGAGUCUUCACCAUAUGCGGCCAUGCUUGCUGCACAGGACGUGUCUCAGAGAUGCAAGGAACUUGGAAUUACUGCUCUUCAUAUUAAGCUCCGUGCCACUGGAGGCAACAAAACCAAGACUCCUGGUCCAGGCACUCACUCUGCAUUACGGGCCCUUGCUCGAUCUGGAAUGAGGAUUGGCCAGAUUGAUAAAGAUGUGACUCCAAUUUCCACUGACAGCACCAGAAGAAAGGGUGGUAGAAGAGGUAGAAAACUGUAA